GGUGAAGUUGUUUGUUUGUCCGUUUGUUUGCUUUGGGGGGUAUGUGAAAACCAGUGACAGAGCGAGCAUCACAGCCGGGGUGUCUUAAAGAGGAACAGCACACAGGGACCCAGGAACACACCAGCAAGCAGGUGCCUGAAAGAGGCGCUCGGGGGACAGAAUCGUGGGCGUCCAGGUUUCCACGGGCCCCGAGGCCAGCGUUCGCCAGGUGCCCAGGUCCGUGAGGGGCACGGCAGCUGCUCUCCACCCAUCCGCAGGAACCGAGGAGGAGGGAGGACAGCAGGCUGGUGUCGGCAGAGAAGACUGUCCCCAGCACCCUGCCGUGGGAGCCACCCUGGCUUUUGUGACCUCACAGGAGGGGUGUGGGUGACCCUUUCCUGUGGGCCCUGGGCUCAGACGGAAGCCAGAGCCUCCCCGCAGGGCAGGGGCACACGGCCCCUCGGGGAGGGAGUCAGGAGAUUAGGCAGAUCCACGUAGGUGCACGUUUAGGUGAGGAGGACCCACCAUGAAGAAGGGCAAGGGGCAGAAGUCGAAGGCCAGGCGCCGAGGCUCCGCCUCCCAGCACGCCAGCUCCGAAGGCACCGGAUCCAGCCCGCAGCCGCCCAGCCCCCCGCCCACCCGGCCGCCGCCCAGCACCCCGACCACGCCGCCGCCCAGCUCUGGAGUCACCUCACAGCCCAGCAGUGAAUCCGUACCCCCGCAGCCCGUGCCCCAGGCUCUCCCAGCUCCCGAAGUCAGCCGCUGGGCUUGGGGCGUCGUGUCUCCGGACACUGGCACAAAAGCAUCCCCUCGAUCCAGCAAAACAGCAGGGUCUGUGACGCGAGCGGGCCCGCGCGCCUGCUGUUCCUGUUCCGCUUGUCCCGGCAGCUCUGCUUGCUGGCAUCGUCUGGGCCUGUGCCACAGCCGCAUCUUCGAUGUCCUUCUGCCUCGGGCCUGGCCGACCAUGCCGGGGAGAGGAUUCCCAAACCUCCUCACCUUCUACAGAAGACCUGCAAGUAAACAUUCCACUCAUCGUAACUUGCGUGCUCCGAGCCCUUGGGACUGUUGCUGUGGCUCUGGGAGCCCUAGGAGCUGCCUACUACAUCACUGAAUCCUUGUGAACAAGUCUCCAGGCCUGUGGCCCAGCAGCCCUCUGCUAUCCAGCUGCCUGGAACACAGAGGUAAUGACUGGAGCUUUAGCUGCGAGUUUGAAUCAUGAAGAAGAGAUGGGGGAAUAGUGAUCUGGAAUGCAGCCUGAGUCUUCAAAGACCUAGUAAAACAGAGCUACUACAUCAGCCAUAAACUGUCCACCUCCAAA